AACCGAGCGCGAAUGCAAACCAAAGCCGAACGACAUCUUUGCAUUUGGCCUGCGUUUUUAUUGUUUCGAAAUCUUUGGUUUCGAUGUAUAAUUUGUUCCUGUGCCGUUCAUCGUAAGGAGCUUUUCGUAAAAGUGCAUCAAAUAUUGCCGGUAGUUUUAUUGAGGCACAGGGCGCGCAAACCUGCUGUACAAAUUCUGUUUCGUUUCACGAAAAAAGCACACCAAAGCAUAGAGGUGCUUACCGUGUAGGGUGGUAGCAGCCAGCGAGAAUGUUCGCCUGCGGUGAUUCACCAGCGGAUGUCGUUCACGGCCUACCGGAGCACUUUCAAUGACACGUACGUUCGUUAUAGUUCAACCUGUUUAAAAGAAUGUAUGCAUCCAGCAGCAGCAAUUGCUUCGCCGGCAUAAGCAACUUCCAGGAAUUGCGAUACACCACAACACCAUCGAACAAAAACGCUUCGCUCGCGGAGGAGCUGGAAACGACAGACCACAAUGCCACCGCAUCGUUAUCUUCGCACGUUUCAUUACAUUUUACGUCCACCAGUACCACCACUACUACCUCGUUCGAACUUGAUGGAACGGUGGCCACGGCUAAGGAACCGCUGGUACCGCUCGAGCCGUGCAGCGGUUCCGAAGAUGCGGUCCAGUUCGAUAUGUCAACGUCACCCGAGCAGUUUGACACCUUCGCACCGAACACGAAGGACCAACCGUUGCCGGAUGCAGCACCACCCGUACGGUCAGCGAAACCACACCGCAAGGAAAACGUUCGCGGAUGUUCGUUUUCACUCCCGUCCGAAGAGUUGCUCGGUUCGGUGACGACGUUCUACCCAUCGGGUGAUCUGGAAAAUGGGCAAACGUUGCGCACUAGCGCCCGGGUAAAGCAUAAGAUGCGGAUGGAUUCGAUACGCAGCAAUACGCCACCGUUAACCGAGCGUAAGGAACCGGUCAAACCGCUCGCUUCAUCGCUACUGAAAACGCCCAACCAACCGAAACAGAUGCGCAUCGUCUGGAGCAACCAUGACAAGAAUCUGUUCUUCGAAGCGCUCAACGAGUACGGGAAAGAUUUCGAAGCGAUCCUAAACUAUCUGAACACGAAAAAGCGAAGAAAGGACAACACGGAGCAGCAAGUAUUUAAGUCAAAGGACGUACGGAACCUGUACUACCAGUUCAAUCAAAAAGCCAUGAAGUACAUACAUUUCUCGGACGAGGUAAAGAAGGAAGCCCAGGAGCUGUAUGCACUGAUCAACUACGGUGAGAUGCGCCGGAAGGUACCGUUUCAGAACAAAAAGUACUUCCACAAGCUGAAAGAUCUCGUCUACAAGGGUUUCACGACCGUGCGCGAAAAGGGUAAAAACAUACGCAUCAAAACACCAUCCUGUCGGGCGCUACGGAAGCUAAACCAGCUGGAAGAAUGGCAGGAAGAGAUUAAGCUCCCACCGAAGGUGGAUGUGCUGCUGAAACCCUCCACGACGGAGGCAUGGGGUCGCGUACAAUCGUUGGCACAGAAUCCGCGCGUGCGCAUCACCGUCACGAUUCAGAAACGGCUGUCUGCGCUGCUGCAACUGUUUCAGCAAAGAUGGCGCGCCCAGGACGUACGGCUUGUCGAACGGUUGGGUGAGCUGAACCGUACAUCGGCGACGAUUUCCUCGAAGAUAACACGCCAACGCAUGCAGCACGAGGUGCAGCUAUUUACGCCCGCGGAACCGAAGGAAGGUGCGCUAAAGCUCGGCGGACCGGCGUUAAGGUUUACGCCGGCCCAGAGCGUUGUCAUCCAUCGGCCGAUGAUAAGCUUGACGGAUUUUCAGAGCAACACCAGCAUCUGUCUGAACUCGUACGAGCAGCGUAUCGGUGUGAAGGUGCCGGGCGAAACGUUGUGCGUGGUGGAAAAGCUGACCGGCUGUAAGGAACGGCUGACGGCGUCCGGUCGACGGCAGCGCACCGACAGCGGUUCGGAAAAGGUGGGCAACGAGAGCAAAAAGCUAAAGUAUGACGAAGCAAGCAAGGAACCGAGCGAGGAGAAACCUACGAACGAGGAGCUGCUGCACGUACAGAACGGUGCCUUUACAGAGCAUUUCAAAUCACCGAGCGCUUCAAACGAGUCGACGGAGUUGAAGGAUUUUCUCGGCUACGAUGGCCACCAUUAUGCACCAUCGAGGACGACCGACUGUGAUGCGUUGGUGGCGCGGCAAAGUGACAACUCAUGCGAUGGGUUUGCACUGAUCGACAUGUUACCGGCCGCACGAUAUCAACCCGAUACGGCUGAAAGUUCUGCUGGUGAGGAAGCGAUCAAGGGCAGUGGAAGUAACGGGUUGACCAGCUGCACCACAACAACCACCAUUACAAACACUACCGUUGCUACCAGCACCACCACCACCACCACGAUUGUGACGGUGAAGAAGAAGAAAAAAUAUCACCGGCGAAAAGGUGAAACCGGCAAGACGAACACGAACCAACCGACGAUGAACCACUUCCGGCCGCUCGUGUCGGAGGAACAGAUGCAAAGGAUACGGGACGGAUGGACGCUUGACAGUGUGGGUGAUCUGACGGUCGGCGAUCUUUACAUCAUGUUCGGUGCGGAGAUGAAGGUCGAGCUGGAGUAUGAUUGGGUGCGGGUCGAACCGACGGUAACUCAGCUUACGCCCGCCACACAAGAAGUAAAGGAGUGCCCAACAACAACGGCGGCAUCUUCAUCCUCGGCGGUGGUGAACGAUGGUGGUACACAGCAGGAACAAAUUGCGGACGAAAGUAAACCUAAUGUAAUGGACAUGCCGGAAACGAUGCCCGUUACUACCGGCGAUCGGGUGGAAAAUGUGACCGCCGUCACUGUGAAAGAAGAGGUGAAAGAACAGCGCCGCUGUCCAGUCGAUUCCAUAAGCCGGCGGCUGAAGAGUCUGUUGUUUAUAGCCAGCCUGGAGAAUAGAGAUGUGAAGAAGCGUGUCGCAAAUGCUGGUGCGGCUGAACGUAAACCCAAGCGAACGGAAACGGAAGGUGGCACACAAUUUACGCAGGACGAUUGCCUACAGUUUAAACAACCGAUGCUGCCUGUGCGCAAUCCCAUCAACCACCUAGUGCCGGAGCUUCACGUACCUCCACGUUACAAACAGUCACGCUGGUGGCGAUCACGGGUCAAUCGCCAGCAUGCACUGCAUCCGCUACUACCAAACAUGGUGCGAAUGCCAGUAUCUGCGACGGUUACCUCCUCAUCGGCUCAAUCGGUUGUUGCCCGGGUAACGCAACACGCACCUCCAGUUUCGGCGACUACAAGCACCGGUGAGAGUAGCCGCGUUGUGGAUCCACCCAAUCAGGAGAAAGUCAAGGAACCGAUGAAGAAACUCAUCAAAAAACCGAUAGCGGAGCCGGUCUAUGUGCCGCCACAACCAGCUGUAGAAAAAUGUGCAAACAGUGAGCAAAAUGUUGACAGUAUCAUCGCAAUGCUAACGAACGAUAAUGCCGUGAAGAGCAGCAACAAUAAUACCAAUCCAACGUCUUCCAAUGCGCCCUGUACGAGCGAAUCAUUUGAGCUGCAUACACCGGUGAAGAACCAGAGUACGGAACUGUCGCUGAACGAUCUAAGCCUCAGCAUUUUCGAUCUAUCGCUGCCAUCGACCUCAUCCUCCAUGAUGGCGAACCUGUUCCCCGAUGUCGUACCAUCCGGCAGUGGGUACGUAGUGUCUGCGUCACUGCCGAACGAAAUAGUCGACGGGAAAAUGGACGAUGUGAACCUGAACGAUAUUUCGCUGUCCGGCAUUUUGAGCAGUCUGGAACAGUACCCCACACCUACACGGCAACCGAUCGAUCCGGAUGUGGACAUGUCAUUGUUAAGCGAAAGUACCGUCGACUAUAUCGCACGCUUUCAGGACAUUGCGGACGAAUUGCGUGCGCAGCAGUAUCCCUAGUCUUCGGGGAACAGCCACUGUUUGGUUGCAUCUUCCAAACCCCCCCGGGGUAUGAAUCUCAACACGGUGUACAAUUUAGAACAAGUACUGGCAGCCAGGUGAGUUCGAAUCGGAUCACACGGAUAGAGUUGGUGCUGAUAGCGUUUUAGACGCGAGACGACAUCAAAAACCUCAUUCAUUAGCUACAGACGUUAGGCUCUCUUAGUAAGGUUAUUUGCCAUUAGUUUGCUCACCGUUAAUUAUUUCACCUGGUUAUUUUGUUUAAGCGUAGGUUUAAAGGUGUAUCCCUAAAAGGGAAUAUUGAAAAGCGUCACUAAAAAAAAGUAUUUUAUUUCCACCAUUAGCAGGUGUUACAUCUAACAAGGUUAAUAGAAUUUAAUCAAAACAAUUUCUUCAGUUCGAUUCCUACAAUCUCAGGACGUCCUGGACAAGCCCAUUUAUGGCUUUAUUCAUUAUUUGCCCCUCAAAAGCCGGGUAUUUCCGUAUAAAAUGUGUUUUACCAAUCGUUCUUGCAUGAAGAUUACAGGCCCCGACGGUGGUAGCCCUAAAGCAAUCAAACCACACGAAACUUCGUCCACAUCCACAUUAAUUUUCAUAUUUUGCUUUUUAUCUAUUAUUUCACUUUUUCACUUUUUUGCGUGCAAGAGACUUCACCUAUAAUUCAGAUUUGCUUUAAAACAAAAAUUUUCCCCUAAAAUUAAAAUGUUUCUUCUUCUUUGCUUAACAAUCUUUAAAGACCUUGGCUCCUUUGAUGUUAUCAGACGGAGUAUAAUUUUCCCUUUUUAUUAAUAGAAUUAAUUUUUGAAGAAAGUAGUGAUAUUAUAUUCACAAAAACUUAAAUCCAAUUGAAACCGAUUCAUUAAUUUGCUAAUAUGUGUGUACCUUUACCACUUCUGGGCUUGAUUCACACGUAAUAUCCUGAAUAACAGAUCUCAUCUGGAUUUAUAUCGUGACCUUACGGUGUGGUUGUAACUGAUUUAAUGGGCAAAAUAACAAGCAAGAUUAGGUCAGUUGUGCCACCUCCCACAAUGAGCAAUAGAAUUUUGGCGAUCAAAGAAACACAAACCCCGGAACCGGUGAAACGUUCCAAGCGGGAAAAGUAUUAAUUCUCAAACAAGGGGAAAACCCGUAUUAUAACUAAAAUGCAAAAAAUCCGAAUGAGCUAGAGAACAAUAGAAUUUGGUUAGCAGAAAUGUUGGAUGCUUCGUGUAAAACCAAAGCCUUACAGUAGUGCAGCCUAAUAGUAGGCGAUCCCAAUAGAGCAAUAGUUAAGGGAUGUGCUCAACACAGCGAAAGGAUUGAGAAUUGCCCAACGGAGCUAAGGAUUUGAAGAUCUCGGCUGUAUAUGUAAGAUAAAGUCUAGGAUCAUUAAAAGCCCAGACUAGCGAGUAUGCGAAAGACGGCCACGGCCGUGUUCGGCUCUUUGCAGGGCAGUAUGGCAGUGCCAUCGAAUGGUUGGAAGAAAACUCUGUUAUAUCGCUGUGUUCUGCAGCAUGGAAUCGAAUUCUGCACAGGAGAUUCUGUUAAAUAUUAUCAACAUUGUUAAACGACACUUCCGUUACGGAGCAAACGCUUGUUACACGUACAUUUCUUCAGUUGUUAUUCGCCACGUUAACGUACGGUUGGCGAACGAUGCGAUCGCCAACGUGAGAAAAACAUGAUGGUUACAGGAGUUUUGGUUUUUUUUUCUGAAGUUACAAACUUCUGCAUAUUCAACGUUUUAAGUACUUUGUUUUGUUGGUUUACUUGCGGGAAGCAACAUACUGUGCUUUUUUUAUAAAACUAUUGUUUCAUGGAAUCAGUUACUGUUUUUCUUCCAAUUUUAAGCUAGUUUCUGUGAAGCAUACUCAUUUUGACAGACACAUUUAGGUAUGUAAGUACAAAGUUUUCCCAUUUUCGAGAUUAUGCUUGUGGGUUACGCUUCGCUUAAUACUAGCUUACGCUGGAAUGAAUUUUGUUGUUUUUUGAUUCAGGAAUUUUUUGGCAACACGAGGGGUUUAAGUUAUUUUUGUAGCAACGCACAAACAGAAAAAUCAGAAUAUUAAAUUAUAUCUAAAGUCUACCAAACCGGGCACAAUCAA